AAAACUUUCUCCCCCCCAACCCCCACCGCCAGCAAUGGCGUUCACUUUUCUCUCUCUGCAGUAAUAAUGGCGGAUUGAGUGACGAAAAACGUGGGAAACUGUGAAUAGUGUGUGAGUUGCUGUGCAGCUGCGUCAGAGUCUUUUGAAAACCUCCUUCUUUUUGUUAUUUUGACACCAGAUUUUACUCCAAUGCACUCCGCUUUACGGAAUCCAACAGUAGUCUAGUCUCCGGUCCUCUUUGGUUAUUUUCCCAAUAAUCUCCUGAUUUACUUGAUGUUGAUGCUUCUAUCUUGCUGGAAACGCAGAAUUGGGUUAUAUAUCGCCAUUGAUAAGUUGAUGUUAUCAAUAAUGCACCUUCUUAUUGGGGUCUUGGCAUUGGCUCAUUUGUUAUCUUAUGUGUCUUCUGAUGCCCAAGGAGAUGCUCUGUUUUCUCUGAAGACUUCGCUUAAUGCUUCCGACAAUCAACUGACAGAUUGGAAUAAGGAUCAAGUUAGCCCCUGUACUUGGUCCAAAAUUACGUGCAACCACAACUAUGAAGUGGUGUCAGUGGUAUUGCCUAACAUGGGAUUUUCUGGAAUCUUGUCACCAAGAAUACAGAUAUUGAAUAAGCUGUCAACACUGGAAUUACAAGGAAAUGCAAUAACUGGGAAGAUACCUGAACAGUUUGGAAAUCUGACAAGCUUGACCCUGUUGGAUCUUGCAAAUAAUCAUUUAACUGGAGAAAUACCGUCUUCACUAGGCAAUCUCAAGGGGCUUACAUUUCUGACUUUGAGCCAAAAUAAUCUAUCUGGAUCUAUUCCUAAAUCACUAUCAAGUCUUCCAAAUUUGACUUACCUCAUGCUUGAUUUGAAUAGUCUGAAUGGAACAAUUCCCGAGCCAUUGUUCCAAAUUUCUAAGCAUAAUUUUACCGGCAACCAAUUGAACUGUGGCAUCAAAUUGGCUCACAGUUGCGCAUCGGAAAAUGCUGGACAAUCAAGAAAAUCCAAGACUCCCAUGAUAGUGGGAGUUGUUGUUGCUUUUGUAGUUAUUCUCCUCCUCGGAUUAUUUCUGGUUUUGUGUUUAUCAAAGAGUUGGCACAAAAGCUUUCACAAGAGUGACAUUUUCGUCGAUGUUGCAGGCGAAGUCGAUUGCAGAAUUGAAUUCGGUCAAUUGAAAAGAUUUGCAUGGCGAGAACUUCAGCUCGCCACGGAAAAUUUCAGUGAGAAGAAUCUUCUCGGCCAGGGUGGUUUCGGAAAGGUGUACAAGGGCGUUCUUAGUGACAACACAAAAGUUGCUGUCAAACGCCUGACAAAUUUCGAAAGCCCAGGAAGUGAUGUGGCAUUCCAACGUGAAGUUGAGCUGAUAAGCGUAGCAGUUCACCGAAAUCUCCUUCGACUACUCGGGUUUUGCACUACACCAACCGAACGCCUGCUCGUGUACCCUUUUAUGCAAAACUUGAGCGUCGCUGCUCGUCUGCGAGAUCUUAAACCCGGGGAGCCUGUUCUUGACUGGCCUACCCGAAAACGGGUAGCAUUGGGCACAGCACGUGGGCUCGAGUAUCUGCAUGAGCAUUGUGACCCGAAGAUUAUCCACCGGGAUGUCAAAGCUGCAAAUGUCUUGCUUGAUGUAGAUUUCGAAGCUGUGGUCGGUGACUUCGGCUUGGCGAAGCUCGUCGACGUGCGGAGAACUGACGUGACGACGCAAGUGCGGGGGACCAUGGGCCACAUAGCUCCCGAGUAUUUGUCGACUGGGAAAUCGUCGGAGAAGACAGACGUCUUCGGAUAUGGGAUUAUGCUUUUGGAGCUCGUCACAGGUCAGCGGGCGAUUGACUUUGCGCGUUUGGAAGACGAAGACGAUGUCUUGCUGCUCGACCAUGUGAAGAAAUUGCAAGGCGAGAAGAACCUGGGCGCAAUCGUGGACGGGAACCUAAAGAGAAGCAACGAUGUGGAUGUGGAUGUGGAUGUGGGGGAGGUGGAGAUGGUGGUUCAGGUGGCGCUGCUGUGCACUCAGUCGUGGGCGGAGGAUCGGCCGGCGAUGUCGGAGGUGGUGCGGAUGCUGGAGGGAGAAGGGCUGGAAGAGAGAUGGAGAGUGUGGCAGAAUGUGGAGGUUACGAGGAGGGAGGAGUACCAGAGGUUGCAACGAAGGUUCGAUUGGGGGGGAGAGAAUUCCAUUACCACCCAACACCCUAUGGAGCUGUCGGGAGGUCGAUAGAUAGACCAGACCAGACCAAACCAAACCAAACGGGUUCCCAAAUAGUGAUGAGUAUUUAUCUAUUCAUAUUUGUAUUUAUAUUUAUGAUACGGGAAUUCGCAGGUAAGAGGUAAGGUGCUGUGCUGCUUUUCUUUGAAUAUAAGAUCCCGCCCAAGCAUGAGUGCUCGAGGGCUAUUUUGAGUAUAUAUGUAGUGUAAUAGGGCUGGCAUGAGGACCAACUACUAUGUAUAUGUAUGUGUGACCUUUUCCUUUUAUUAUGUAAAAAAAUUGACAUAUAUUUAUAGUGUGUGGAUG